AAGAGAAGACAAGAUAUCCUCGGACACAUUUCAGUUUCUAUCUUGAAACUGGAACUCAGAAAGCCCUAAAAAACACACACAGAAACUGUGAAUUGAGAUUUUUGUUGGGGUUGUUGUCGUGAAAUUAGAAGGAUGGAUAUGCAAACAGAUUUCGACCGUAUCUUAUUCUUUGAACACGCUCGCAAAGCUGCUGAAGCCUCCUAUUCCAAAGAUCCCCUUGAUUCCGAGAAUCUGACAAGGUGGGGUGGGGCGCUGUUGGAGUUAUCACAAUACCAAAAUGUUGUGGAGGCCAAGAAAAUGCUUGAUGAUGCAAUGUCCAAAUUUGACGAGGCGCUAAUGGUUGAUCCGAAGAAGCAUGAUGCUCUUUGGUGCAUGGGCAAUGCGAAUACUUCUUAUGCCUUUUUGACUCCUGACACGGAGGAGGCCAAGGUUUAUUUCGAUAAGGCGGCUGAUUACUUUCAGCAAGCAGUUGAUCAGGAUGGAGGGAAUGAACUUUAUCUCAAAUCUCUGGAAGUAGCAGCUAAGGCUCCUGAACUGCACUCAGAAGUCCAUAAGCAGGGUGGUUUUGCUCAGCAAGCAGCCUUGGGGACAGGCCCUUCAACCUCUACAAGUGCUAAGGUUGGUAAUGCAAAGAAGAGCAGUGAUCUUAAGUAUGACAUAUUUGGAUGGGUAAUCCUCGUUGUUGCCAUUGUAGCAUGGACAGGGUUUGCAAAAUCUAAUAUGCCUUCGCCUCCUCCAAGAUAAGAUUAUAUGGUGCACCACCUUCAUAGUAAACGGAGAUAGCUUCAUAUAUUCUUCUGCUUCACCAGAGCUUGAUCGAUACUUUUCAUUUGUUAGUUCUAAUGUUUUGACCAAUGUAAUUGUAAACUGAUCAAUAAAAAUAUUCUUCUAAUGCAAAUCUAAUUUUUGUUAUUAAACUUCA